AUGGAGGUGCUAGGCUUACACGGGGGAGGCUCAUCAGGGGGAGGCUUUUCUGGGGGAGGAGGAGGAGGGGGAGCAGGGGGAGGUGCAACUGGGUCAGGUGCAUCGUCUCAGCGGUUCUUCGUCCUGGCUGCCACUGCCACUCGCCUCCUUGCCUUUGUCGGUUCCACGUCUCUUGAGGCCACCUUUGCACCCUUCACCUCUCAACUGCCCAAGUUCAUCGAGCUUCCAGCCUCCUCCCCACUCAUACCAAGCUCGCUGCACUUCUUUGGGCGCCAGCAGCGCUACGCGGAGCGAUUUGCAUGGAUGGCGGGGCCUGGUGUGCUCUUUGGGCACCUCAACCUCAACGCCACAUCCUCCAGCUCCUCAUCAGAGCCCCCCAUCCAGCGCAAGUUGCUACUGCCCUUCGCCAAGCUGCUGCCAGCCAGCCACAUUAGCAGCCCGGAUGAUGCUGACGACAGCACGGCUGCUGCUGCGGCUGCUGACAGCACUAGUGCUGCUGCGGUGCAUCCAAUUGCAAUGGCAGUGUCGGAGUUCCACCUGCUGCUGCUCUACAGCGACCACAUCAAGAUAGUGAAUCAAUUGAGCGAAUUGCUGGUGGAUCAGCUGCCCUUCCACGCCACGUCGCUUGAGAUGGCGCCAGGUGGCAUGCUCGGAUUGGUCGCUGACGAGGUUGCCUCCGCCUACUAUGCAUUCUGCUCCAACAACAUCUAUGAGAUCGCUGUGUGCAACGAGGCUAGGGCCAUGUGGCAGGUGUAUCUGAACAGGCACGACUACGCCAUGGCCCUCUCCUUCUGCCGCACGCCCCUGCAGCGCGACAGGGUGUAUGCCGCCCAGGCCGAAUCCGCGUUCAAAGACGGGGACUAUGAGCGAGCCGCCACCUUCUUUGCUCGUACGGCCCACCAGGUGCCAUUUGAGGAGGUGGCGCUCAAGUUCGUGGAGGCGGGGCAGCAGGACGCUCUGAGGAGCUUCCUGUUGCACAAACUGGACCAUCUACCGAAGCAGGAGCGGGCGCAGAUGACAAUGGUGGCCACAUGGGCUUCUGAAAUGUAUCUUGACAAGAUCAACCGGUUGCUGCUCCAACUGCCACCUGACUUUGAGAAGCACGAUUCUGGUUCUGCUGCUCCACCUUGCCAGUCCAAGUCUGGUUCUGCUGCUGGUGCUGGCGCCGCUUCUGGUACUGUUGGUGCUGCUGGUGCUGCUGGUGCUGCUGGUGAAGGAAGCAGGACAGGAGUGGAAGGAUCAAGGACGGGAGGUUCGGGAGGUUCCAAGGAGGGUUCAGGAGUGGAGGGGUUGCGAGAGGAGUAUGGGAGGGUGGUGGCGGCGUUUCGAGCGUUUCUCAGCGACUGCAAGGACGUGUUGAAUGAAGCCACCACUGUGAAGCUGCUUGCAAGCUACGGCCGGGAGGAGGAGCUGGUGUAUUUUGCGGGACUGAAGCAGCGGCACGAGACAGUUAUCGAGCACUUCAUUCGGCAAGGCGAUGCUGACUCAGCAAUCGCUGUGCUGCGCCGACCCUCAGUGCCUCUAGAGCUUCUGUACAAGUUCUCACCAGCUCUCGUGCUCCUUGCUCCCUCCAGCACCGUUGACCUCUGGAUCAUGUCUGCCUCUGCUGCUUCUCAUGUCCUUCCCCUUCUGUCCCCCCUUCCACUCCUUGCCCUUUCGUUCCCUCCCCCUCCUUCCCAGUACAAAUUCUCACCAGCUCUCGUGCUCCUUGCUCCCUCCAGCACCGUUGACCUCUGGAUCAUGUCUGCCUCUGCUGCUUCCGCUCCUGCUUCUGCUACUUCUUCUUCUGCCGGCGCCGCUGCCGCUGCAUCUGCGGCUUCUGGGUUUGAUCCUCGUCGGCUUAUCCCAGCCAUCAUGCGAUGUGCCACAGCUGUUACUGGUCCUGCUACAGCCGCCACUGGUGGUGCUGCAACAACCACCACUGGGUCCGGCAACCAGCCAAACGAGGCCGUCCGCUUUUUGGAGUUUUGUGUGCACAGGCUGGGGUCCAGAGAUCCUGCCAUCCACAACCUGCUGCUCUCACUCUAUGCCGACCAGGCCAACGAGACAUCUCUAGUCAACUUCCUCUCGUGGAUCCCUCCUCCCCCGCCACCGCACACCACCCUCCUCUCCUCCACCCCUUCCUUCCCCACCAUCCCCUCCUCCUCCUCCUUCUCCUCUUCCCCCUCUCCCUCUGCCGCAGCCGCAGCAGUGGGGGCAGCAGGCCGCUCCCCCGCCCUCACACCCACCGGCACCACACUCAACCUCUCCCCAAGCCUAGUCAAUGCUGGUGUCAGUGGCAGCAGCAGCGGAGAAGGAGGAAGAGGAGCAGGAGGAGCGACCGCAGCAGGGGCGGGAAGGGGAGGUGUAAUAUACGACCCUAAGUUCGCUCUGAGGGUGUGUUUAGAGCGAAGGAGGAUGCGGGGUUGUGUCUGUGUGUACAGUACCUUGGGAAUGCAUCAAGAGGCCGUAGCCUUAGCUCUGCAGAUUGACGUGGCACUGGCGAAACGAGAGGCCAAUAAGGCUCGAGAACAGGAUCUCAAGCGAUCGCUCUGGCUAAUGAUAGCGCGCCACGUCAUCGAGCAAGGGCUAGCAGGCCGUGCCGUGAUUGGCGGAGAUGAUACAGGCAGGAGUGAGAGGGAAGGGGAGGAGGAGAAGGAGAGUGGGAGGGGGGAUGAGAAGGGGAGGGAGAAUGAGGAGGAGAGUGCAAUGCGGCAAAACGUUCGGAGAGCAAUUGCCCUUCUGAAAGAAACCGAGGGUUUGCUGAAAGUCGAGGACAUUCUGCCUUUCUUCCCGGAUUUCACCUUGAUAGACGAUUUCAAGGACGCCGUGUGCGAGUCGUUAGAAGCAUACGGACAAGAGAUCGACCGGCUAAAAGCCGAAAUGACCGAGGCGACCCGGGCGGCGGACACGAUCCGGAGGGACAUCCAGGCGCUGAGUCAGCGCCACGUCAUCGUGUCCACGCGGGAGUCCUGCGGUGUCUGCUCUCGUCUGAUUCUCGCCGCCCCGCCGCCCCAGAAAACGCUGCUGUCUGGUUCUGCUGCAGCUGGCACUGCUGCUGGCGCUGGUGCUGGUGCUGCUGGUGGUGGGGGCGUUGGUGGUGGUGGUCUUUCGGGUGCAGCAGCAGCAGUAGCAGCAGCAAGCCUGGCAACAGCAUCAGCAUCAGCAGCAGCAGUAGAGGCGACGCCCUUCUAUGUGUUCCCCUGCUCCCACGCCUUCCACAUUGACUGCCUGCUCACCCACGUGGUUCAACACUCCGACCCCUUCCUGAUGGAGCAUGUGUUGGAGUUGAAGAGGCAGCUGCUGGGAGUGCUGGAGACCCCGAGGAGGGGUGGCAAGCAACGAGGAGCAGGAGCAGGAUUGGGAGGAGUAGAGGGAGACAGUGACGUGGUGGACAUUCAUGCGGGACUGUCACCGAUUGAUAAGGUGCGGCUGCAGCUUGAUGAAGCGAUUGCCAGUGAAUGCCCUUUUUGCGGUUCACUGAUGGUGGCUGGCACAUCUGAGCCGUUGAUCGCUGCUCAUGAAGGAAAUGUGUUAGAUGCAUGGAGCAUUUGA